GAAACCCUCUAACCCUUUGAGUUUCUAGGUCAAGGGAUCUUGCUCACAGUUUAAACAAAAGCACCCCAGAAAAGAUAAUGUACAAGAACAAGAAAAAGGAAAAGAGCAUGGUGGGCUUUCAAAAAGGCAGAGAGGUUUACUUUUCCUUUUGAUAUUUCUGUUGUGAAGUACUAUAGUUUUAGGAUGCUUGUGGUUAUGAUAAAGGGUGUUGAUCGCCUUCAAGUUUAAGUCUUUAGGAUCAAUGUCCCGGUGCAUACCAUUCCCUCCACCUGGGUACGUGUGGAACGGUGUGGGUGGCGAGGCCCUUAUAGAACUGAUUAAGGUCAACAGAGAAAGGUUAAAGGCUGAGAAGGAAAAGAAAAAGAACAAAGAGAAAAAGAAAAGAAGGGAAGAUGGUGAGAUGUGGGAAAUGCAGAGUCGGAAAAGUAGGCACAAGGAUGACAAGAACAAGAGAAGUCGGGAAAAAAGUGACAACCAAAAGAAUAGGAAAUAUGAAGUCCCAAGGUUGGAGAACAGCAGUCUUUCUGAACAAUCCAGCAAACCAGUUUGUUCUACUCCCAGGUGGAUGGAUCAACUUGUCCAAGAGGAUUUUGAAAUGGCUCUGAGACCCAACAAAGAUCAAUUUUAUUCUACUCUUGGUAUGUCCACAACACUUGCCGAGGAAAUGGCUUCUGGACCUACCAGAGAGAGGUGUCACUCCUCUUCUCGAAUUGAGGUUGUCGCUAAUGAGAAUGCCGAAACAGCUCCAGCAUCCACCUUCUCUGGAAGUGGCUUAAUGCAGAUAGAAUCACAAUAUAGGACAUUAAUUGUGAAUUGGAUUCCCCCUCCCUUACAGACUAAGCACCCUAAGUUUGAUGAUCAAGAGUGGCUCUUUCAAAGAAGGCAGCACAUAAGUAACAUGACAAGAGAAAUUAAUGCUUACAAUGAUGACUUCUGUCAUGGAAGCACCGUCCCAUACCCUUCUGCUCAGUAUUUGUCCAAGGCUGACAUAUGUGCUUUGCCAUUUGCAAUAUCAUUUUGAAACUGCCAUUGGUGAGGUAUUCUUCCGAAGAAAGAAUGUUGCUCUGCUCCAGACUACUAUAUGAUGUGGUAUCAUCGUCAACAUCAAGCAAUGCAAGACUCAAAUGUAACUCUGCACUAGAAUUUGGAUAAACCUCGUCAUCAUU